AGUAAUUGAGUAAUGUAAUAUGUUUUACCAUAUACAGCCUAUCUGCUUACAGAGAAAUAUGUUUGAUUACACAUGGCAUCAUUAUUGAAUUUAUUAAACCUAAUGAGAGUUACAAAACAAAAAACCUAGUCAAGACAGAUGAACUAAACAUGCUAGUUGUCAUCUUAAAUUACUUCAGUAAACCAGUGGUUUACUACAAGCUUUUUCCUGAAUAUUGUCAAUGUUCCCAUCCCUUUUUACCAAAGCAUUAACACGAGUUAAGUCAUCUCAUAAUUUAUACCUGAUAUUUUAGUGUGUUUGGCAUAACAACAAAAUCUAAUGAGAACGCCACAUGGCCACAUAGGCUACUUCCUAUGCCCAGGGAUUAUUAUUAUUUUAUUUUUUUAAACGAAGCUAAACUAUGUUGGGUUUUGGUAAUUGUGGCUGAUAAUAAAGCUUAUUUUGCCCUAUUUUAAGCCAUAGUGAGCACCCCCUGCUCAGAACUACCAAUACAACCCUAAUCGAAGAGAGCUUUGCAAAAGCAAACGAGAACAAAAUCAUGAAAUUGGUGUUUUAAACGGAUCGUUUGAAUGAUUCAUUCAACAGACUCGCCCAUAGCGCCAUCUAGAGGUGCGUCGGUGCAGGCGGAGCCACUGAACAAAUCAGUGAGUGAAUCAUUCUGGUGAACCGAUUCAAAAGAUUCACGUGACUGAAAGCUGAUGAGUGGAGCUCGACUUCAGAUGAUUUGUGAUGCAGCGGCUCACGUGUCUUACGGAUCACCUGUGUUUGCGUAUGUUACAUUGUUUAUGUUGGAUUAUAAAAGGGUGUCGUUUUAGCAAGUUUGACGAACAACGUGCACUAAGCGUUUGAAAACAAGGCAGUAUUAAUAUAAUAACAGAUAAAUUCUCGUGAUAUCAGGCUCAGUUGACCUUAGAGAUUGAAAAUAUGGCUGAGCUAGCCUUUCUUUGCCAUUUAAUACCGAGCAACAUAAAUCCGUUGAACUGAACACAAUUACCUGACGUUAAAUCACAGGUCGGUCUGUCCUAUCUAAAAAAAAAAAAAACUUAAUAUCAACAGUUGGAUCAGAAUUGAUAACACAGAGCAAGUAAAUCUUAUCUUGCAAAUUCGAAGAAAGCUGUUAUUUCUGGAUGGUUAACAGUUGUAACCGUUGUUUUGGAGUUUCUAAAUAUGUUUUAGUCUGAAGUUGCUACCAGCAUGUGGCAGUAUCAGCAUCCAGACUUUGCAGUAUUCCUGCUUGGAGAACUUCAGAAGCAGCAGCAGCAGGGAAGCGUCUUCUGUGACACACUUCUGCAGACUGACGGUGUGUGUGUUCCAGCUCACAGUUGUGUGUUAGCUGCUCUAAGCCCUGUCCUGUCAAGAGUCCUUUCCACUUCCCCUGCUCCACAGGCAGGGCAGAACAGGCUUCUCAGCCUUGAGGCUGUAGGAUCUAAUGCCUUACUAAAGCUAGUUAAGUUCCUGUACACAGGGGAAAUGGAGAUCAAGAGUCAGAGUGAACAUGAGGAGGUAAUGACUGCCUCCUUCAGACUUGGACUUAAAAACCUUUUUGAAAAGAAGAGAGUGUAUGUGGAAAGAGGAGAUAAGGAUGUUGUGAGACGUUGGAGAGAGAUUGGUGUACAGACAGAAGAUGUCUAUAGCCAGGAAAGUGAAAUAGUUUCUGAGCAAUUAAGGAUACAGAGCAGUACUCUUCCAGUGCAAGCUUGUGGUUUACUGGACGCCGAUUUGUCAUCAAUGUCAUUACUUGAUGAAACUAGUCCAACUGCAGGUUUUAAUCGGACCAGUAAUGCCAAUAUUCCUUCCCUCACCAUCGUGACAGAAGCAUCUGUAAUAAAUCAUCAGAAAACAAAGUCUAAGAAGAGGUGGAAAAUGGCAAAGAGAGAAACCCAGCUAAAAAAAUUAACUCGCCAACAAAUGAAUGUUUCGGGCAAAAACUUCCAGAAACUUUUAGAGGUAGAUAACAGGCAAAAAAGUGCUACUGCUGAACAGAAGGAGGCCAAAUUGGACCAGCUUAAAGUUAGGAUAAAACUGAGGAGGAGCGGAGCUUGCUGGGAGAGCAACCUUCUCGUUUCUGUCCAAGGUGAGAGCGAGAAGAACCCAGAAGAAAUCAAAGAGUGUGGACUUCAAACUCAGAGCUGCCCAGCUAGUGUAGUUCCUGGUCAAAGUCUUGAAACCCUCACCCCACCGACGGACCUGACUAUUUCACCCUCCUAUUCUUCCUCGCACGCCUCUUCAGAUAAAUGUCUCCAUACUCCACACCACAUUUCUAUCUCCUCCCCUUUGGUAAUACCAACUUUAUCUUCAAGCCCUCCCCAAGCAGAUGAAUCUGAUGAACAUAUUGCAAAGAUGUUGGAUGAUAUGUUGAUGGAUUUGAACAUCCUGCCAUUGAUGCCAAUAGACAGAAAUCUGGAUGAGCAAGAGCAGCUAGGUCUUCUUCAGGAUCCGAAAGGUCAGCAGAGGGCUGCCGAGGCCUCUGCUCAGGGUGCUUGUGUUUUUAUGCAAAGCUGUGAGCCAGAGAUGAGGGGAUCUGAUGUUAGCAAGACAGCAGUACCAGCUGGAUCACCAGGACCAAGAGAUGAAGACCACUCAGGCUUACAAAAUCAGUCAAAAUCCAAUACACUCGUGAUUCAGACACCUGGACAGGACGACUUGAACAAAGAUAAGAAUCUGGCAGGUGGGGCAAGAAACCCCACCCCCUCACUGUUAGAAGACCUGUUCUUAACCCCAAAAGCCCCAGCUAACCCUUCUCCGGCCGAGGGUGAAAUGCCAAGCCUUGGUAUGACCAGCAUACUGGAUGACAGGCCAGAAUUCAAACUACUACGAUGCCUUUCCCCCCUUGAAUCAGAUAAGGGAGACAGUGAUGUUCCUACACAAGAACCACCACACAGACAGGACCUAGAAAUGCAAAACCUUCCCUUGUGGCUUUCUGAAGCACCACUGAAAUUGGACUUCCCUCUAAGCUCGAUGAUUGAUUCCUCCUACCCACAUCCACAGCCUGACCUCAUCGCCUGCCAAAAUCGAUCGUGCCCUGACCCUGCAGAAAAGCAAGAAUCGAAGACUUCCUUUUUACAAGAUGAGUUAAUGAGUAGGAGUAGUACAAACACCAUUCGGCAUGAUUUGAAAGAUGCUAGUGAGCACCCGAAGCAGAGAAGGACGAGAAGACGGAGGCUUGCAACUCAAAAUUCAGAAGUGAAUGGGGAUACAAAGUUUCAAAAGCUAGAAAAUCCGGAUCAGGUUCAACCGAGGAUAUCAAAGUGUGAUGAUCCCCGCUGUGAAGAGAUCAAGCCGUCAACUUCUAACGCACGUAGAGUCAGUACCCGCAUAAUCAAUGCGAAGAGAAAAGCAACUGCAGGUGUGAAGAGAAAAAAAGAAAUGUCUUCACCUAUCAGUAAGAAAAUGCCUUCGGUGAAAGCUGACCGUGAACAACCAAACUACACUGGUAUUGUAAAACGUGGUCGUGGUAGACCCCCUAAGUCUAAAAACACCGCUCUAGCUCACAUGUGCAACAGUGCAGAGAAAUUGCCCGCUUCAAGACAAGAUGAUAGUGAAGUAGAAAAAACUAAGAAAGACAGUGAGAUUGAGCAGGGUAAUAAGCAACAACCAAAUACACAGCAGGAGAAAGACUCAACAGAAGUGGAAGAAGCAGAUGCUAAUGGCAAUUUUGCACAGGCGACACUGAAUUCUCACUUAAAAUAUGCUGCUCAGGCAAAAGGACAAAGCAUCAUUGAUCAAAUUUUCCAUCAGACUCUUCCAAGUGUUGAAAGCCUCGCUUGUGAGAGUUCUCUGAAUACUGAUCAGCCGCUAACAUCUAGCCAACGAGACGCCUCUUUUAGCCUUCAAAUAUUCCAAGGAGGGAACAGUGAAGACGAGUGUAGUAAAUUAAUGAUGAAUAGCAGUGAAGUGCUCAAUAAGCAGAAAAAAGCAGAGAUGUCUCUGCUGAUGAACGAGAAUAAAGACAUGGAGGUAUCUGACAAGCACGGAGGAUCACCUACAAGUGACCGACAAGUCAAUGUGUUACAGAAUAAUGAUUCCCAAAAAGAGAUGGGAAAAGACAUUCAGGACCAGAUGAAUGAGAUAUCUUUGCCGUUAACAGCUGAGGAGGACGUAAUGAAGGAAAUGAUGAUCCUGGCUGAUGAUAUCGAUGAUGCUGAUCAUCCCAAGUUGCCCACAGAGAAAGACUGUGAUGGUUCUACCAGUGAACUGACAGUGAUGGAGGGAAUAGAAAUUAAUUUCAGUACGAAUCCUGAUAGUAAACCAGCAGAACAUCUCCGAGAUGAACAAAACCUGGAAGAUACUGUUUCUAAUGAGACAUCAGACAUGGACAAAGGUGUUCAGGAAGCAUGUGGUGUUAAUACCCAGGAUGUUAGCUGUAUAGGAAGAAACAACAAGGUUCAGAUGAUUGAAGAAACUAUGGAUGGAGAAGAAACUGAAUUUCUGAGGGCAACUGAGCUUGUGGAGGCUUCUUCGGAUGAUAGGUGUUUGGAAACCACCAAUAGCUUGGAUGAUGAUGAUGAAAUGAAUGAAGAGGGGCACCAGUACAGUGCUGGGAAGACUAAUGAACAGACCCUACUGGAGGAAGACGAAUUGAGUAAAGGACACAUUAGGAGUGCUGGGAUUGCAGAUGAUGCAUCAAACAGAGCUCUGACACUGAGAAAAACAGAAGAAAUAAUAUGCAGAGAUGCUCCUUCUGUCCAGACUGAAGUAUCGCUUCAGUCAAACUAUCAAAGCCCCCGAGUGCGCAGUGAGAAUAUCUCAGCGGUGACGUCCAGUUCAGAAUCAUCCGAUGAAGAAGAUAUUGACGUAGAUGUUGUCGAUGAAUCUGUAGAUGAUCCGUUAGGGCUUUUGGCAGCUAGACAGUUUGUCACACUGGCUAUUGAGUGUCUAAUGGAGCAAGAGGAUGAGCUGGAUGCCACUGAAGAAGAGGAGGUAGAUGUCACUGGAGAAGAGACAGAAUAAAUUUUUAUGUUCAUGUUGAGAAUACAUGUUUAGCAUUUUGAAAUCAAUAGCAGAUGUUUAAACCAAGUUCUUAACCCAAGGUUUAAUAUAUCAAAUGGUGAGAAUAAUUUUUUUUUUUUUUU